CUCCUCUCACCACUUUCUCUCUCCACAUUUCUCCAUUAUAUAAGUUCGCAUUUCUUCCCUACUUUUCACCACAUCCACCUCAUCUCCUGUGUUAUCUACACUGAAACCCUAAUCCUAGCCUCUGCUUUACCUUGUGUCCUCACAUCGUAUUUUUUUCUUUGCCAUGGAAGAGCUGAGUAUUAAGAAGCGAGUCCGUGACGAGUUGGACGAGUCAGAGAUUGACUCGCCGGAUGUCAAGAGAAUCCGAGAGGAUCUUCUCAACAAUCUUGACGAUUCGGAUCUGUGUACGGAGAGUGAAGAUCUGGAGUCGUUCAUGAAGAGCUUUGAAGAAGAGAUAUCUGGUUCUCCGUCACAUGCUACCGUGGUGGAUCUGACGUCAGAUUCAGGCGAGUCUCAGCCGGAUCUCGGGUUCCUUUUGGGAGCAUCCGACGAUGAACUCGGCCUGCCUCCAUCAAAUACGUCACCGAACGGGGUCGAGUAUCCGGAGGAAAAUGAGUUGGUGAGAGUUUCUUCCGAACUCAGUGAGUUAUGGGGAUUUGAAGAUCAUAUUCCGAGUUAUGACUCGUUUGAGUAUGGAAUCGGUGUUACCGACAGCCAUAUCAACGGUAACGGCGAGUAUGUGGCCUUAGAGGGAUUGUUUGAUUAUUCAGAUCUAGGCUUUGGGUCAGAUUUGUGGCGGCCUGAAACGUUGCCGGCACAGUAACACAAACGAACGUUGGUAUUGCCGUCAAGUUAGACAAAGCAUAUUGUAAAGUUUUUCUUUCAUUUUUUUUAUAACUUGGAAAAGUUUACAAGAAAUACUUCAAUUCAAAACCUCAGCUUGUAGGAGAGAAUGGUUCUUUGUUGGAUUUGAGAAAAAUCAAGAAGCUGUUCCUCAGCUUUGGAUUUGAAUGUUUCACAUCAAUCAAUUGUUUAAUUGAUGAAAAAUCUAAAUCAAUAUAGGUUAAAAUUACUUGAAUUUCUAUGUUAAAUUAAUGAAAUUGAUCUUGUACUAAUUUUUUUUGUGCCAAUUUCAUGGUUACAC